UGUUGUUAUCGGAAGACGGUAGAUUUCAUAAAUUUAAUCUAUUUGAAUACUUCACUAAAAUAUAAACAUUAUUGAACCACAUAAUAAAUAUUAAGCAACUCGGUUUAAUAACAAGUGAUGAAUUAGGAUAAACAGUGAACUUGGAACUGACCAUAAUGGGUGACGGACAAAAUAUUGAUGACUUGGAAAUGCUCAAAUCCCUCUACGAUUUUGAGGCGACUUUAGCGAAAACGUUAAGUUUCUGUGAAGGAGAAUAUUUCUAUCUUCAACAAACUAAUACCAAACAGAGGAACUGGUGGCAUGUAAUUAAUAGAAAAGGUCAAGUUGGUUUUGUUCCAUCUAACUAUGUGGCUGCAGUCAAGGUUGAUCCAGAGUUCUUCUUGGGAUUUCUUAGUGAUUGUAUGAAAAGUUUAAAUGACAACACAGCAAUGGCACAAAGGCAGGACUUGUUAGCUAGAUUGAGUGAGAAAAAAAAGCAGAUCCAAGGGUUAGUGAAGCCUCAUAAAAAACAACAAGCACCGAAGCCUCCGCCGCGCUUAGAUGACAGCACUCCUCCCAACGGAGUCUCUCCAUCAUUUGAUCUUCGCCCAGUUGUUUCUCAACAACAUCUUUCAGAAGAACGAGAUUCACCAACAAGAUCUCUGAACAGCAGUGUAUCUAAAGAUGAUGAUGAAAAAAGAAAAGAUUCAAUGAUCAAAUCAACAUCCAAUCAAGUAUCAUCUGAUACUGAUAAUCAGGAUGAUAGUCAGGAUAGUAGUGAGAGCAUAAAGCCAAAUGCAAUUUAUGAGAUUGUCCAGGCAGUUCGUCGGGAGACCCAGCUUAGCCACGAAAUGUCCAGAGUUGCGGUGGAGACAGUUCUCAUUUCUCUGAGGGAAUUUCUUCCUGGCGGUGCCGCAAGAUCCAUCAUAGAUGCGCUACUCCGAGAAGCGAAUAGCAACAUCACAUGCCCCAAAAAUGCAAUAGAUGCCGCUCCUGAUGCUUUGAGAAUGAUGACGGCGCUUAACGCUCUGUCGAAAGCCGCCAAUGAUGCGCAGCAAAGAGGUUGGGCGUUGCAUGAUGAUGCACACGACAUUCAGACGCAGCUUCUUGAACUAAUAUCUGUCAUGUCCAACGCAGAUGUGAACAUAUCACAGCAUGUUUUGAGCAGUCAUCGGUAUGCAUAUGUUUCAACUCUUGUGCAGUAUUAUCAGAUGGAAACUCGCUGGCCUCUUAGACAACUGUUGUUACAGGCGUUCGGUGUAAUGUGCGGUCUCGAACGCACCGCACUAGCGACACUCGCGCUGUCAGCGCUCCCCGCGGAGAUCGCGCGGGACAUGCGCGACAACCCGCGGGCUGUCAGCCGGCUGUCGCACUCCGCGCUCUUGUUGUCUAUGGUGCUGUCUAUGGGCGACCGCUUGCCGAUCACGCACUUUGAACAACUUGGCGUCGAGUUUGCCCAAUUUCUUCUGGAACUGAUCGAGAGCCCACCAGAAACAGAUGUGGAUGAGCAGAUUCCUGAUUUAUUCCUCACUCUCCUCCUCGCGUACAACUUGCAGUUUGACAAUCCCUUCGAGAACAUUCUCCUAAAUGCACUGGAGACAAUGGACAACGCUAAGACAUUCUGUGAGAAAAUACUAUUGUUGCUCAAUCGUGAAGAGGAUCCCGUCCGCAUAUUCGACCACGAGCCUGCGCCCACGCACGCAGUACUCAAGCUGGUGAUAGAUCUUUUCAGUCGCAAGAAGACCGCCGACCACUUCUACACCAACGACGUGAAAGUCGCUAUUGAUAUCAUAGUGCGACAGUUGGCCGACUUGUCGCCGGGUGAUGCGCGACGCCAACAAUACCUCAAGGUAUUACAAGGCAUCAUUCGCAACACAGAAUACGGAGCACACUUGCACCGCCGCGACGAUCUCCUGCGAUGUUUCGCUAGAAUCUUCUGCGAGGAAGGUGAUAGUAGCCGAGAAGACCAGGCAUUAGUUCGAGCAAUUUCCAACGAGUUUCCACAAUUCUUCAAGGCCUAAACUCUUGAGCUUUAGAAAUUCUAGAAUAGUCGACUAGGAUUAACCUAGUGGGUUUGGUGUUCCAUAGAUUGGAUCUUGGUGUGUUAUAGUGCAAUUUUAGGUGUGGUGUAAAAUCUUAAUAUAUCAGAUAGUUUCUUUGAUAGAAAUUCUAGAGCUGAAGAUUUUUGGUGGUACUCCUGGAAAUUAUAUCCAGACCUACUAUUGGUACGUAUGAAAUAUGGAAAGAUAUUGCGCACAUUAUAAUUUUGACCUUAAGAGGAGUAGGUGACAGAAGUUUGUGUAAAUUAAUUCUAACAGAAAAUCUAAGGUGAGAGUUUUAUGAUGGUAAUAUCCAAGAGUAUUAUUGUAAUUCGUAUUAAAAAGGGAAAGAAAUGGCGCACAUUAAAAACUAAAGAAUGGUAUGUUAUUUGGUAGAUAAGGAAAGAUUUAUUAAUAUUGUCUGUUAGACAAAUCUUAUGGGAUAUUCACAUUAUGUGUGAACUGCAUAAAGGGAUUUGUGUAAUGUUCUGUGUUGGAUGAUGUAUUUGUUUUAUAUUUUAAGAAAAUAUUCUCAAUAUGAAAAGUUAUUUUGAACGUAGAUUGCGAUUUAAAAAAUAUUAAAUUAGAAAUAUAAGGCGCAAGCAAUAAGGACUUGGUUGUAUCCAUGAAACGCAAACUUUAAAGCCUGUAGUCCAUUGGCGUAUACUAGAGAAAGUCCCAAUAUCAUACGAUAAAUGAAUAUACAAAUAACAAACAAGUGGAUAGGUUGGAAAAAUAUAAAAUUAUUUAUUGCAAUUGAAACAAUUGAAAUCUAUUCUAAAGAAAUGUUUAUAAAAUGUAGAGGUAUUCAUGUGAAACAAAGAAAAAAAGGAUUGGUGCUAUGGCAACACUCCUCUUCUAUUAGAAAAUCGUUCAAAAUUCCCAAUUUUUAAUUAUUGUUACUAAGAUUUCAUCACGAAAAAUUCCGUACGUACGCACGUAUUUAUCAGAAGUUUCCCUCGACUUUUUUAAUAUAACGCCUUAUUUGGCUCUCCUGUCGCGAUUGCUAUAGGAUAAUAUAUUUCAUUGGAUAUGGAUAUUGAAGGAUGUAUUUUAUAUAUAGUCUAUGAAAUUUGUGUUAUUAUAAAGCGUAGUGAAAACAAUUUACCUAUAAUUAUGCAUGCAUUUACUUGUAGUGUUUAAUUACCUAAAAAAUGAUCUCGUGUGAUUCUCAAGUUCUCGACUUAAAUAUUUAUUCUGCAUAUUGUGAAUUGGUGUUAACUAAGAUAAUAAGAUGUGUGUUGACAUUGUUUAAAUUGAUGCCUACUAAAUAGAUUAAAAUCAUAAAAUUAUUAAACAAUAGAUUAGAAAUCGUUCUGUAUUCCAAAUUAAUCUUUAUUAUAUAUAUUUUUUACAUUAGAAAUGGCAACCAAGCUGGUGGUUCGCCUGAUGGUAAGCGAUCACCUAGAGUUAAGGCCUCUGCAAAUGUGUUACUCGCUUUGAGGGGAGAAGGAAAGGGUUAUCGACAGGAAUAAAAAGAUUCGAAUGGGAAGGGUGAGGAAAAGGAUAUGGGCCUAAUGUUUAUAAAUUUCUCUUCAUUUCCUUUUCUUUAGUGAGAAAGAACCAAAUAAAUAUGACUGCACUUCAAGAAUGUGUGCUCCUAUAUUAAAAGAUUUGUUAAUGAAAAGGAAUAAUUUGAAUGAGUUAUAAUUUAUUUUACAGUUUAUUAAACUGAAUAAAGGACUAAUUAUAUUACCAUAUAGAAAGUGAUAUAUAAUCAAUUAUAUUUUUUGUGACCUUGUCGUUCACGUGCUGUAAUUAAAUUUAAUAGCAUUUUAAAUACAUAUGGAAAGUUAAAUGAUACCUUUACUAUACAUAGUAGAUAUAGUUUUUCAAAGAUUGUAGUUUACAUCAUAUUCUCAUCGGCCUAAUUAAUAUUCCUAAUAGCCUAUAUCAAAAUUAUAAAAUCGACAUAGAAAUUUUGUUUUAAAAUUUAGCAUAGCUCGUUAUAUUACAGUACAGUAAACGUGUUCUGUAUGUUCUUUAAAACUAUAUACCUAACUAAGAUAUGUACUAGGUUCAGAAUUUAUUUCGAUUUUUUAAUAGAUAGUUCUAUAUUAUAUUUCUUGUUACAUGAAUUAUCUUAUAAAUGUUCAACUCUAUUGGAAUAUAAAUUGGGUAUUUUCGUAUUUAUUUUCAUGCUUGUGAUAAAAUAGCAGCUCUCUUCACUAUAUUAAUUCUAAAGUGCACAAUUUAUUGCAUUUAUUUAGGAAUUAGGUAUUAGGGAUAUAUAACAUGGAUUUUCCUUGCACUUGUUUUAAAUAAAUCAAAGUAAAACUUUUAAAUCUACUGUCUCCUGAUUUAUUUGUUGUCGCUACUAACGGGUGACCCUAUGUACUGGCAGCAAAUAAAAUAACUUAGCGGCAAAUUCGAAGAAGAAAUCUGUCGUUUUGAAUGAUACUAAGUUUAAAAAAAAUGAACGUUUAAUAUUCAUCCAGUGUAUUAUUAUAAAUAUAAGAUAUGAUUUAAUUUUACGUUACACUCGAUGAAUGUUAACAUUGUAUGUAAAUUGCUUUGACGCUUCGCGUCAUGCCAUCGUCGCACCAAAGAAUAUUUUAAUUUAAACUACUCUUAUAAUUAGUGUAAUGCUGAAAUGGGCCUAAAUUUAUACAUACAUGGAUAUGGUAACUCGUAGAAUUCAAUAAAUAAAAGGCCUCAGUGAUUAAGUAAAUUAUUACAUUAUUAUGAAUUGCGUGACAAAUCACAGUGUAUUAUAAAUUAUAAUUAAAGUGAUAUUAUGUUGAUUUUCAAUUAGACUUAUAUUAAUAAUGUUUUUAUUACCUAUAUUUAAAGUUUCACUUCGUCACUAGUAAAAUGGCGUUUUAUAAUUUACUUUUGAAUGUAAAUUGAUAUUCAACAGUAUAUCAGUACCUACAUAACAAACUUUAUCAUAAAUAGAUUGGGGCAGUCAAGUUUUUGGCUGUUUCUCCCUAACGUAGAGAAUAGAUCUGUGUCUGUACUUUCUCAUGAUAAGCCAUCGCAACCGAUCUUCUCUUUCUAAACGUUAAAAUUUUCUGCUAACGUACAUAUUCACAUAAAAAAAAUAAAAAUCCAUAUUGUAGCAUUUAAAAUUCAAAUAUCGUAAAUUGCACAAAAAAUAUUUUAUUAAUCAUAAAUUAUGAACCAUAUAUGUGAUGAAAAGUAAAACAAAUAUAUAAUAACGCCGUCGUUAAAUUUUUGAUGAUUAUGACAAAUUGUGCAUAAUUUUAUUUAAAAAAUUAUGACGUAGAUAGUAAAAAGGUGAAGUGAAAAAUUCAGUUACAUCAGAUGUAACGUCCGCUUACUUUGUCCGCAAACCACCGACCAAUCAUCAGGGUUUAAAAAAUAAUAUUUUCGAUUCACAUUAUAAAACAUAGACAUCAUAUUUACAUCUACAAAUAAUGAAUAAGGAAAUUCAAAUAACUUAUUUAUAUACAUUAUAUAAUAUUUCUUCUAAAACAAAUACCUGAAAGUGGUCCCAGAAGACCUUAUUAAUAGUACUAUGAUAAAAUGUUAAAUAAGUUAUACUGUGUAAUAAUAGUAUGUAUUUUUUCUUUCCUUAAUUCACAUUUUAUUGAAAAAUUGUUGCAGCCUUAUAUACCUAUUACGUUUAGCAAAGUUUAAUAAUUUGAAAUCUCUUAAAACUAUUAUAACAAUAAUUAUAAUAUAGGUUUGUUCGGCGAGAGUUGAUAUAAUAUUUUAUUCAACCUGUAUAUUUAAUACAGAUUUAAUUUUAUUAAAUCUUGGAGACAAGUUUGUUUGUUUGUUUGCAAAAUUCUUGGCAAUUUUAAUUAUCAAACCUUCCCGAACAAAGUACACAUAUUUUAAAAUUUAAUCCUGUUUAAUAUUAGCGACAUUCGUCGUGCCAAAUUUUAUUAACUCUAAUUCUUGUUAGUGUAAAUAUUAGAUGUAUACCUGUGGAUAUUGAUGCAUUUAAAUAUAUCUGUGGUAAUUUGUCCUGUGAUGCAUGUAAUGUUACAAUGAUUGUAUUUUUUUCUCUAAUCUUAUAAACAGUUUUCAAAUAAGUGUGUCGAUAUAUACUCUCACAUUGGCAAUUUAGCAAGUCGAUUAGAAAUGAUUGAUUGAAAUUUGGUAGAAGCAAUUGUUGUUCAGAAGAAUUCAAGUGAAACGGUGUGACUAUGACAAGUAUUUCCAAUUAUAGUUAUUGUAAUCAUAGUUUUCUCACAUUACUAGUUAUAUAAUAUUUAAUAUUAUAUGCAUGUUUAUUAAAUCGUACUUUAUACUUCUAUGUUGGCUUUGCUUUCGUUUCU